AUGGUUUGCAGAAUGCUGGGAUUCGACGGUGCCCUGGACGCGACACGAGAGGCUAGGUUUGGUCAGGGUUCUGGUGAUAUUCUGCAUGUCAACUGCUGGGGAACAGAAGACAGCCUGGCCGACUGUUUCGAUUUGUGGCCUGACUCUUCCUGUGGGCAUCACAGGGAUGCGAGUGCCGUGUGUUACUCAGGAGUUCGUCUUGUCAGUGGAUCUAACGAUGCUGAAGGCAGAGUAGAGGUACUGUACGACGGCUCAUGGGGAACUGUCUGUGAUGAUAACUGGGAUCUGAGAGACGCGAGGGUGGUUUGCAGAAUGCUUGGGUUUGAUGGAGCCUUGGACGCACCGGGAUCUGCUAGGUUUGGUCAGGGCGGUGGUCGUAGUCUCUUAGUUUAUGUCGAGUGUGAUGGAACAGAAGACAACCUAGCUGACUGUGCUCAUGCAUGGGUUGGACGUUACAAAUGUAGUCAUGCAGAGGACGCAGGCGCUGUUUGUUAUUCGGGAGACAACCUAGCAGACUGUGCUCAUGCAGGGAUUGAACGUUACUCCUGCAGUCUUAUAAAGGAUGCAGGAGCCAUCUGCUACUCAGGAAAUCAUCCAAAUCCAUUCCAUGCUCGUCUUGUCGGUGGAUCAAAUGACGCUGAAGGAAGAGUUGAAGUCCUCAACAGUGGGUCCUGGAGAACUAUCUGUGAUAAUUGGUGGGAUCUGAGAGACGCGAGGGUGGUUUGCAGAAUGCUGGGGUUUGAUGGAGCCUUGGACGCACCGGGAUCUGCAUGGUUUGGUCAGGGCUCUGGUCGUAUUUUACUAAAGUAUGUCAAUUGUGACGGAACUGAAGACAACCUAGCAGACUGUGCUCAUUCAGGGAUUGGACUUUACUCAUGCAGUCAUACAAGGGAUGCAGGAGCCAUUUGCUACUCAGGAACCCAUCCAAAUCCAUUCCAAGUUCAUCUUGUUGGUGGGUCUAACGAUGCUGAAGGCAGAGUAGAGGUCAUGUACGAUGGAUCCUGGGGAACCAUCUGUGAUUAUCGGUGGGAUCUAAGAGACGCGAGGGUGGUUUGUAGAAUGCUGGGGUUUGAUGGAGCAUUGAACGCAACGGGAUCUGCAAGGUUUGGUCAGGGAUCUGGUGGUAUUUUUCUAGCUUAUGUCGGGUGUGAGGGAACAGAAGAUAACCUUGCAGGCUGUUCUCAUCGAGGGAUUGGAGAUCACGAUUACUGUGGUCAUAGUCGCGAUGCCGGCGCCAUUUGUUAUUCUGGAGCCCAUCCGAAUCCAUUUCAAAUUCGUCUUGCCAAUGGAUCGAAUGAUGCUGAAGGAAGAGUAGAGGUACAGUACGAUGGAUCCUGGGGAACUAUAUGUAAUUCAUGGUGGGAUCUAAGAGACGCGAGGGUGGUUUGUAGAAUGCUGGGAUUUGAUGGAGCCUUGGACGCACCGAGAUCUGCUAAGUUUGGUCAAGGCUCUGGUCGUGUUCUUCUUUCCUAUGUCGGGUGUGAUGGAACUGAAGACAACCUAGCAGACUGUGCUCAUGCAGGGAUUGAACGUUACCUAUGCAGACAAACAAGGGAUGCAGGAGCCAUUUGCUACUCAGGAAUCCAUCCAAAACCAUUUCAAGUUCGUCUUGUCGGUGGGUCUAACGAUGCUGAGGGCAGAGUAGAACUCAAUCACAAUGGAUCCUGGGGAACUAUCUGUGACUAUUUAUGGGAUUUGAGGGACGCGAGGGUGGUUUGCAGAAUGGCAGGUUUUGAUGGAGCCUUGGACGCACCUGGAUCUGCACGGUUUGGUCAGGGAUCUGGUCGUAUUCUACUAAAGUAUGUCACUUGUGACGGAAAUGAAGAAAACCUAGUUGACUGUGCUCACGCAGGGAUUGAACGUUACUCAUGCAGUCAUACAAGGGAUUCAGGAGUCAUUUGCUACUCUGGAAUCCAUCCAAAACCAUUUCAAGUUCGUCUUGUCGGUGGGUCUAACGAUGCUGAGGGCAGAGUAGAACUCAAGCACAAUGGAUCCUGGGGAACUAUCUGCGACGAUUUAUGGGAUUUGAGGGACGCGAGGGUGGUUUGCAAAAUGGGAGGGUUUGAUGGAGCCUUGGACGCACCGAGAUCUGCACGGUUUGGUCAGGGCUCUGGUCGUAGUCUGCUAAAGUAUGUCAAUUGUGACGGAACUGAAGACAACCUAGCAGACUGUGCUCAUGCAGGGAUUGGACGUUACAUAUGUAGUCAUACGAGGGAUGCAGGCGCUGUUUGUUAUUCGGGAGCUGCGCCUGGUAGUGCUAGGUUUGGUGCCGGAAGCGGUGAAAUCUUGUUUGAUGACGUUGGAUGCAAGGGCACAGAAGAUGCACUUGCUGAGUGCUACCAUCGAGGGCUUGGAAUCAACAACUGUGAACAUGAUAGGGACGCUGGUGUCAUUUGUUUUACAGGAGACCCAUUCAAGGUUCGUCUCACCGAUGGAGCGAAUGAUUCAGAGGGUAGAGUAGAGGUGAUGUACAAUGGAUCAUGGGGAACUGUCUGUGACAAUGGCUGGGAUACGAACGACGCGAGAGUUGUUUGCAGAAUGUUGGGGUUUGAUGGAGCUUUGGCAGCAACAGUUUCUGCACGGUUUGUUCGUCUGAUCGGUGGAACUAAUGACGCUGAAGGUAGAGUAGAGAUUCUACACGAUGGAUCAUGGGGGACUGUCUGCGACGAUUCGUGGGAUCUCAAGGACGCCGAGGUUGUUUGCAAAAUGUUAAGCUUUGAAGGAGCUUUGGACGCUCCACUUGGAGCUCGAUUUGGUAAAGGAUCUGGGAGCAUCUUUCUCGAUGAAGUUCAGUGCCACGGGACAGAAACUGACAUUGAACGUUGCGAUCAUGACGGCAUUGGUAUAAACAACUGCGCCCACAACGAGGAUGCCAGCGUUAUUUGCAUCCAAAAAGAUCCAUUCCAAGUUCGUCUUGUCGGUGGGUCUAACGAUGCUAAAGGCAGAGUAGAGGUCAUGUACGAUGGAUCCUGGGGAACUAUCUGUGAUGGUGACUGGGAUCUGAGGGACGCGAGGGUGGUUUGUAGAAUGCUGGGGUUUGAUGGAGCCUUGGACGCACCGAGAUCUGCUAGGUUUGAUCCAUUCCAAGUUCGUCUUGGCGGUGGGUCUAACGAUGCUAAGGGCAGAGUAGAGGUACUGUACGAUGGAUCCUGGGGAACUAUCUGUGAUGGCGGCUGGGAUCUGAGAGACGCGAGGGUGGUUUGUAGAAUGCUUGGGUAUGAUGGAGCCUUGGACGCACCGAUAUCUGCUAGGUUUGGUCAGGGCUCUGGUCGUAUUCUUCUAGCGAAUGUCAACUGUAAGGGAAUAGAAGACAACCUGGCAGACUGUGCUCAUGCAGGUAUUGGAGAUUAUACUUCAUGCGGACAUGAAAAGGAUGCAGGUGUCAUUUGUUAUUCCGGAGUUCGUCUUGUCGGUGGGUCUAACGAUGCUGAAGGCAGAGUAGAGGUACUGCAUGAAGGAUCCUGGGGAACAAUCUGUGAUGACUGGUGGGAUCUGAGAGACGCGAGGGUGGUUUGUAGAAUGCUGGGGUUUGAUGGAACCUUGGAAGCCAAGGGAUCUGCUAGGUUUAGUCAAGGAUCAGGGGACAUUCUUCUAGAUGAUGUUGGGUGUGACGGAACAGAAGAUAACCUUGCAGACUGUGCUCAUUUAGGGAUUCGAGUUCACAACUGUGGACAUGGUGAAGAUGCAGGCACUAUUUGUUACUCAGGAAAACGCUUGUCAGCUGUUGUAUCAUCUCGGAAACAAAAAUCGCAGGUGGCCUUGACAGUGAAUAAAAAUACAACAGGUGAGCAGGUGCACAUCAGGGGCGACAGCGGACAAAAUGCAACCCAUGAAUACAUGGACAUGAAUACUAUCCGUGAAAGACUUCCUAGUUCUAAAGAUGAAGACAUUGAUGGUUAUCUUUUACCAACUGCUACAACUCCGGAACCAAGAGUAUACAUGGAAAUAGGAACGACAACUGCAGAUGAAGCUAGAGUUCAGACGAAUGCUAAAAUGGCAGUAACUGGCGUCUCACUUGGUGAUGACAAAGUCAAAGUGGCAAGGUCAUCGCCAGAUAUGCAAUACGAUAUUAUUCCUGAUUACACCAACAUCACAACUGCUUAA